AUGCGAAAUGCGGUCCGGCGUCUUUGCAGCAACAACAAAAGAAGAGGUGGUAAUAUUAUUAUUAAUAGUAACAAUGAUAAGAAGAAUGCUUUGAAAAGUCUUAUUAGCUUAUCUUCUUCUUCUUCCUCUUCCUCUUCUUAUCAUCUCCUGGAGGAAUUGCAAGACCGUUUUCGCCGACUUGAUGGUUUAAGCACAACGCGAAAAGGUGUACUGUUGCGUGAUUGGCAACGCUUUGCUUCAGUGAUGAGAGAAACUUCAAUGGAUUGUUCCUCUACGCACGCAUUACUUUCUGAAGAUUCAUCAUCAUCAUCAUUAACAGCAGCAGCUUUAACUGCAGAAGUAUACAGUGGAAGAAAAAAUAUUGGCAAUCAUAAUCGUAAAGGAGAGGAAUUAUGCCGAGUUCUUCGUAUUGUAUCGGAGUUUAUCGCAUCUACAGGAACUUGUAGUGAUCCAACAGUUCCAUUGCCGAAUGGAUAUGCAGAUCUUUCACCAAUGAAUGGUAUUCGUCGAGCGACACUUGUCUUAAACUAUACAGAGACUGUAUUGCUUUUAUCUAAUGAUCAUAUGGCAGCCCUUGUGGCUUUAACCUUUGGUCGUUCACAUUCAACCGAUACUGAAUUAACACUUGAAGAAGAAAAAGAAAAAGAACAGUCUGAUUCAAAUACCAGAUGUACACUACGGUGGAUAAAUGAAGGAGAUCCAACAACAAGGACGGCAACCAUAGAAGAGGAUGAAGAUGAAGAAGAAAGUGAUGGAGCUCCACUCACGUCAUUAGAAACAGUUGCAUUAUUGCGUUGGUGUACAUGGCAUGUACGUACCGCAUUAUGUGGAUUUCAUAAGGAUGACUCACUUACGAUGGAAUCUUUUCGUACAAUUGUUCGACUCGUAUCACGAUUUCUUACUGUUCUUGUAGACGGUGGGCUUCGGCGUGGUGCGGUGGAAAACAUAACAGAUGAAUAUGCAUUGAGUGAUAUGGCAUACAUUGUAAUGGAUGAGUUACUGAAUAUUUUAAAUGCCAAGGCAACAGAUAUUUCCCAUAAUGAUGAAUCUUCAUUAUCAACACCAGUUGACUCCUUAGAGAAUACUAACACCACUAUUAGUACUAGCAACAACAAAAGUAGUAGUAGUAAUAAUAAUAGUAAUAGUGGUAGAGAUGUGGAUGGUGAUAAUGAUAGUGGUGUUAGUAACAUUAGGGAUGAAAAGAGUAUUUCUAAUGUUAGUAGAUGGUCUAAUCUUCAAAUACAUGAGGAUGCUCAACAUGCCCUCCUCUGUAGUCAGAGAGAACAUUGGGAACGAGCAUUAAGUUUACUGAUUCGAGUUCGUUCUUGGAAUGACUCAUUGAUUAAAAAGAAUAAGGAGAAGAAUGAUGAUAAUGAUAAUAAGAAGAAUAAAGAUAUGAGAAGCAGCACGGUGCUAACCCAUGAAAUAUUAUAUACACUCGUUGAGUCACCGCGAACUGUACUGCAAACUCUUCAAUAUAUUCUCGCCCAACAUGGACAGUGGAGUGUGUGUAUGGAAUUGUGGCAGGAGACAGUUCGCCGUCGUUCUGUAUUAGAAACUACUUAUCUAUCAUCUUCAUUAUCAUUAUCCUCAUCAUCAUCUACUCAAGAGUUAUCACCGUUUGCAGCGCUUCAUCAUCCAUUUAAUGUUGAUAAUAUCGUAACGGCCCUUGCCUUUGUGAAUGCAAAACCGUUUAAAGCAGUGGUUGGAUCAUCUGAAGGGGACUCUUUGGAACUCCCUGCACGACUUUUGCGAUUGUUGUUGUAUUUAGGAAUUGUACCUAAUCGUACUCUUUCCCCUGCAGAGUUUGCUGCACUUUUAAAACAGUCCUUUGGACUUUCACUUGGUCGAGGUGGUGUUGCGGGUAUUUUAUCUCCAGCGUAUGUGUGGAGAUUAGCAGCAUCACACCCUCACCGCGCUCGUGCCACGCUGUGUUUAAUGUGCUUUCAUAUGGUUGUAAGAAAUGGUUUAACGCAUACAUUGGAGUUAGAGGAUUUGUAUGUUGUUACCUGCAUCUCACGACGAUUCUUGCAAGAACAGUAUCGUGCAGCAGAAGCAACUUCAUCCUCAGUGAUGAUAAGAUGUGAAGAUGAAGAAGAAAAUGAUAAAAAAGAUGAAAAUCAACAAAAGAACCCUAAUGAAGACUCUAUUAAAAGUAAUAGUAGUAAUAAUAAUAACAAUGAUGAUAACACGGAUGAGUAUGAAAAGAAUGCGUUUGGACCCCUUCCUGUUUAUUUUGCUCCCGCCACCCGUCGUUCAACAACGGCAACAGAAACACACAUUGUUGCCAUCACAGACGCUUUUCUUUCUAUGCAACAAUCCAUAUUUCCCGUCCAAGAGGAAAAGGAUCUAAACAACCAUACACAUCAUCUUAACCCCAAACGGCCUGGACGUAGUGCUGUUCUCCUCACGUUGGUUUCUCAUGAGCUUAUGGCACUUCUUACAAUGGCACCGUACGGUCGGGCUCUCGAACGUACAUGGCGAGCCGCACUAGCCGCCCUUCCACACGAUACGAAUCUCACAGAUGAUCUACACUAUGAUAACCGUUAUUAUACUUAUAAUCAUAAACAUAAUUAUAAUUAUGAUAAUAGUAAUAGUGGGUUGGCGAUGCGGCCCUCUCGCUCGGUGGCGGCUCUCGCGCAGGCGCUGCGGCGGCGGGCCCUCGACCCCGGCGGCCGCCCGCUGAUCGACCCGCUCGUCCAACUCGCCCCGCAACUCUCCGCCUUCGCCGUUGGCCGCAUCGUCCACAGUCCGCUGGGCCGCCAACUCACAUGGCGACAGUGUCUGCUGUUGCUGCCGUGCACACCGUGGGGCUCGCGGGUGCAGCGGCAUUUAUUGCGCCGCGUCGUGUUGGAGGGCGGCGGGGAUGUGGAGGGACUGCGGGGCCUCAUGCAAGUCAACGGCACACUCCCACCGCGAUGGCUGCAUGAGGCCCCAACACUCGCGGCAGACAUGCGGGUGUUGACAAUUCUCACCGAACACGACUGGCGACGCGCACUCACGGCGUACGUGGAAUCCGGAGAACGUGUGCGGCAGGCCUGCGCCCCACAUGUGGCACGUUUGGUGAUAAGCGCCGGUGUGUGGUAUACCCCGCGUGUGCCCUCUACGGAUUUAUCUUCUUCAUCUUCCUCUACUACUACAACUAAUAGUAGUAGUAAUAGUAAUAGUAAUAAUAAUACUAGAGAGGAUGAGGUGGAUCAUAAUGGGCGAGCACUUCGAUUGUUAUUUCGGGUUGCACUGCGUGCGGUGGGUGGUGAUCGUGUAGCGGAGGAAAUGCUGCGCGGGAGUCUCUUGCGUGGUCGCUGGGCAGCUGGUUUGGCUUUUCAUCAGUUUCUGCAGCAUGACCAACCGGAGAUGUUACGAUCAAACAAAAAGAUGGAAUUGUAUGUGGCGCUUCUCUGUAAAGGAUUACUUUCACAGACAGCCAUGGCACGUGCGAUUGCAGAGGUCUCAAGAAGUGCAAGAGGAGCGGCAUGGAAAGAGGCGUGUGAAACUUUUUUACAAUACAUGACAGAAGGUGGUAUGAAUGGUGGUAAUCCUAACAAGAGAAGGAGUGAAGGUCUUAUUACUACGGUCAAUAAAAUACAAAAAGAGGGUGAAAAAACUAUGGAUGAUGAUAUCCCUUUAUCAUCUGGUAGUUGGUCCUCUUUGUUUCAUGUUCGUGUUCCAUCUCAGCUCUCUCAUUUUGCGCAUACUGUACGUUAUAGUAUGAUAUGCUCAGAGUAUUGGGAACAGGCAUUACGGUAUUUUCCCAUACACUCUUUACCACUUCCAUUACAUCAUCAAAUUCAAUUACAACGUUUCAUUGGAGGAAUAUUGGGAAAUAUGGAAUCUAAAGAAGAGAAAACUGAUUCACAAGGAAAUGAAGGACAAGAGGAUGGGAGAGUCAUGCCAUCAUCAUCAGCAUCAUCAUCAUUAACAACGAUAGCAGGAGCAACGACUCAUUCUCCCUCACCUCUCUCUUUAUCACUUGUACAGAUUGCAUUACAAGAUAAACUUCAUCGAACAAAAUCCCCUAUUGUGAAAACUUCUGCUGCAGCUGUGGAACGAACUCUACGUGUUCUUCAACAACGAGGACAGUGGGAACAGGCAAUGUUAGUAUAUGAACAUGCACUUGCUAACCGUUGUUUUCCACAUACUGCAGGUUCUAUCGUACUAGGAGCAUGUUUACCAUCAUGGGAGGCUUCACUUUAUUGCUUUGCACAUCUUUCAGAGCGUAUGCGUCCAGAUGCAAUGACUACUGCAUUAGCCUUGCAGGCCUGCGCACGUGGACAACAGUGGGUACUCGCACUGCGUAUUCUUAAACAGAGUGUACUCACCACAGCUGUAGCCGCACCACGUGUGAUUGAUUAUGCGGUGAAGGCGGCAUUAAAUAGUGGAGCUUGGCAGGCAGCACUCUGUGUGGCUCGUCAGUACCGCGGCAGUAGUAGUAGUACCAGUAGUCCUGUAUUAGCAAAUACCAUCAUGCAUGUAUUAGUGAUAACAAAAUGCUGGGAUGAUGCGGUGGGUUUUUUCUAUGAGUGUAUUAUGCGUGGUAUGCGUCCACUAGAUGAAUCCCUCACAUUGGCUAUUAAAGCAAGUGAGGCGGUGUCGGCGGAGUAUCGCGAUGCUGCACGUGUUGUGAGUGUGAUUGCAUCUGCAUUGGAGGAUUUCUUUCAUGUAGAGGGUGUUGUGCAAGAACAUGUACUUGUGGUCUAUCGUGAGAUAUCGAGUAAACCACAUGCAGGCGUUGAUUCUCACCUCAUACUUGUUUCAUUUGCCCGCAGUGUUAGCAGUGGAAGUGGUAAUAGUAAUAGUGAUAGUAGUAGUGAUAGUGAUAGUGGUAAUAGUACUAAUAUCAGUGAAAAUGAAACUGAUAAAUUACCCCGCAACUAA